CGGAAAGGAUCGAUAAUCGAAGAUACUUCGUGCAAUGUCCUCAGACCAUGAGUGAAAUUGUACCAGUCGUCCUACAGUUCGUGUUUCUGGUCAUGCUUCUUUAAAUAUCCAUCAUCUUGCGGCAUGAAGCGUGUUCGUAGAAAGAGCGAGCAAUGAAGAACUCGGUCGAGUGCAAAAGGCUAAAAAACUGCUCCUGGAAACGAGUGCUUUCCAGAGAGAAAAGUCUUCAUAAGAUGAUCUGUGAAAAAGAAAAAUAUUUUUUUUUUGUUUCUUUACGACCAACUUUUUUUUACCAGGCGGGCGCAGGAGAGCGCCAACGCAAACGGCAACCUAGACACCAGAAAUGUCACCUUCCUCUAUGAAUGAUCGCAAUAAAUAUCCUUUUUUUCUUUUAUCUUACUAACUUUCCUUAUCUGUAAAUGUAAAAUAGGACAAAGAGGGGCCCUCACCCUAUUUUGAAGCCCCGUCCUCCCCCUUCAAGCCCGGUCCUCCCCCGUUCGUCUGUACGUUUAUCUCGAGCGAAAAAUCGCUUGAUUGAUGUCGAAUAUUUUUGUGUAAAAAUUUUCGUCUUCUUCCUCUGGUGAAACUACUUAACACCAACUAUUACAGAGCUAUAUUUUUAUCAGCGAACACAUCAAUCAAUUUAUCGAAUCGAAACCUUAUAAGAAAUGGAAAACGACAUACGGAGUUUGGCGCCGAGCGUGGCGCCACCUCUACCGCCUAGUGCGGAACCCGAAGCUAGUGAUAUCGAACAGUUUGCGGCGUCGCCACUCGCCUCUAACCUUGCAGUCACAGACCAGCAGCUUUCCAUCGAGUCAUCGAUCGCGCAGAACCACUGCAGGAAGCUGGAGAACCAGGAGAAGCGGAAUUUGCAUAGGCACUUUGUCUGGCGAUGUCUAGUGUGGACGGCUUUUUACGCGACGCUGUUCUACAGCAGUGGCGGGCCGUUCUUUUUGCUGUCGAUCAUGCAGCAAUGCUUAUGGAUUUAUCUUCAUCUUCCAUGAUUACUCGGUUCGUCUCUAACGUCAGUGAUGCUCUUCGUACUAUACCAAGCCACAACUAGGGAAGGCCCAGACUAUUUUGUAUGCAAUUGAUUUAUCGCCUCUAACAACCGGCUUGCUCUCCAGUUGGGUCAGAACCGAAUGCCGAAUGAAUGCGGAACCUACAACAGCAGGAAUUCUUGCAGAACAAGUUCUUGUACCCCCAGCAGUCGCGGCAGACGACGGCAGUCUUGCCUCGGCUCUUGCUGGCUACCUCCAAUCUGCCUUACACGGUGAGGCACCAGAAGCGCGUCAUCCUAAUGACGACAUCUCCUACCAGGCGAGACCUGGCAGCCCACAACAGGCGGCCUAUGCUUGCGCAGCACCAGUCUUUCCUCUGCCCUAUGAAAAACUAGUGUGGCGCCUCGGCUUUCCGAUGACGGCUGACCCUUUUGCAGUCUUUUUUCCGACUUUUGACGCAGACGCCUUUCCGAAGGCGGGAGCUAAGGGAGUGGAUACAACCCCGUCGUUGCUGUUGGAGGUGGCUGAUGAAGAAGGUAGUCCUCAUGAUGCAGCUGCAACUUCUAGUAGUGGGACAGCAGCAUCAUUGGAUGAAUCUCCUGCAACGACAAGCCCUACUUCUAGUUCUACUUUUACCCGCUUCCAUGUCAUGUCCCUCAUGGGCCAGAACUAUUUCGCUUUCUCGCUGCCUUACUACGUUGCUGCUUUUUUGGUUGAAAACUACAUCAUCUACUACGUCAUGGAGCGCGAAUUACGACAUAAGCCCUCAUUGCCGGGUUCAAUUAGUAAUCUGGGUCAAGGAGUGUUGAUGUUUUUGUGCUCUCAGAUGCUAUUUUUGAACUACAAGGAUCCCGUCUAUGCUUGGAUCUUCGAUCAUUUCCGGAUGACCGACGCUUUUCGGGAUUUAGACGACCCAACAAAGCAGUGGGCAGUCGUACACGAGGAGCAGUCAAUCCCUGUACCUCCGUUUUUGAUUCCCAGCUACAGUUCUGGGGCACUAGCGUCUUUGGGACUCGAAUCCUGGGUAUCUCCAGCGUUUUUCGUGUUCGUCUGCUGGUGGGUCUGCUUGUUGCAGCUCGACUUCUUCUACUACUGCUGGCAUCGUGCCAGUCACAGAAUGAGCUGGUUGUGGGCUGCGCAUUGGGUCCAUCAUAGUACAGAGGAGUACAACAUCUCCGUCACUUUCCGAGAGCCGAUUUGGUGGUCGGAGAUGCUCAUUCCUCUCCAGUUCGCGAUCAUGCGGGCACCGGUUGCGGUGUUUGGCUUCCCGAUCGUCUUCAUGAACACGAUCUCCUUGAACGACACGUUGUACAUGAACAUGCUGCACACCGAGUUGAUCGACCCUCUGCCAAGAGCGGAGCUGCUGUUCAUGACGCCGAGUCUUCACAGGGUGCAUCAUGCGAGGAAUCUGAGGGCACUGGCGAAAAAUUUCGGGUCCUUGUUCAGCAUUUGGGAUCGCUUAGGUGGAAGUUACGAGCCAGAGUAUUUGCCAAGCGCAAGUGGUAAGUUCCCAACACAGUAUUUGAAUGUGGAGGUGGAUGUCCCAAAACCUGUGGAGAACAGGCUUAGUGUGGCUGGAAUAGCUGUAGUGGACGAGCAAAGCACUUUGCGUCUGCGAGCACCACUUUUGGCAAAGGAGGACAGUACCAGAAUCGCGGAGGAUCACAUGAACAAGAAUAACCAGCCAUCUACUUUGCAGAGUAAAAUCAUGCCUGCUGUGUCUAGUAGUGUCGCAGCAAUUGCAGGUUCACCACCGAGGUCACAAGCAGUGUCGACAUUAGAGGAUGAUGCACAAGAAGAUGCUCCAACAGCUAAGCAAGGUGGAAAAGUUGAGGACCGAAAGAACUCUCCAUCCGGUCAAGCCCCAACAAUGACCACAGCCACCAGCACAUCUUCUUCUGCCUCUUCUUCCUCCAACAAUUCCCUGCUCUCCCUGCUCAAGCGAUACUACAUCGACCGACAGGACACGAGGAAGUGCAAGGAUGACAGAGAACCGCUUAGAUACGGGGUCAUACCUCAAUUCCACUCUUAUGACAUCUGGAGGCAGAAUCUAGAGCACUGGUUACACAUGUUCAGAGUGCAGCCAUGGUACAACGGACACGGAAUCGCUGCGCCGUUUCUCCACUGGACAAAGCCAGGAAGCCGGUGUCCGCCGCUUAGUGAGAGAAGCAGAAUCAAUGGAUACAAGGUUUUUGCAACUAUUUAAUUAGGUACAGACUCUCCAGAGCAAGAGCUUGAAAAAGACAUCAUCCAUGUCCUUCACCCUGUGCAAAUCUGAAAAAACAAAUACAUAGUACCCUUCUCAUAACACAACAGAAAUUCCGCGCUGAUGCUUUGCACAUUGGCUGGUCAGUCUACGUGAUUCUGGAGUUUAUCGUCUUUUUCUUUGCGGCAUUAGGCUUCGUGGCGACAAACUACGACAUGAGCGUCAAUUUGGCGAAAACGUACUUGCUUUGUUUUACUUUUGUCUCAUAUUCGUUGUGCAUAUUAUAGCGGUCACAUUCACAAGAUGAGGAAAACCAAAAUUAUAGUCAUCAUGAUGGUAACUCUAACUGUUUACCACCAUCUUCUUCUUCAUAACAAACAGAUUCUACGGUUCCUGCUACACGCCGUUCAUGCUACCGGAAACCUGCAUGCCUGGUCCGAUUGCCGAGUACUUUGGACCUCAGAAACUCGUCGCCGCUUGUCUCCAGGUUGCGGGAUUCAUGUUGGGGAUGUGGACUAUGGCCAACAUUGGGGAAAUCAUGAUGGCGACCGAAAAGGCACCGAGUUAUGUCGGUGUACCAGAGGGGUACGCGCCGAUUCCGGAUGCAGUGUUUUUGGCCGGAGGUGGUAGUGGUAGUGGCGGACAGAGCAAUGGAGUAGGAACAGUGUCACAGGGAAUCACUCGCAGUAAAUCAACUCUAGCCAUGACUUCAGCGAAGGACCUAGCAUUUACAAUGCAGGCUCCUGACGGAAAAGAUGGGAACACUGCUCCUAGGGGCAGUACAACAUCGUCCAAAGAUAACAAUGGAAUCUCAACAGAUUCUCUGUUUUUCCUCCGUCAAUCCACGACCAGUUGUGCUAAUGCCGAUGAAGGACGUAGUCUAGAUGGCAGUGUCGACGUGAAUUGCGACUUCGUAAGAACAAGAAGCGGCGCCAACCAGCGAGACUAUUCGCAAAGUCUCAAGGUAGAAGAAACAGAUGAAGAUACAAGAGAGCGCACCAUACAGGCAACAGAAGUAGCGGUGGAAGAAAUAGAAGCGGCUUUGUCCAGAAAAUUGUCUGCUUCUACAAUGGCUGGUGGAGCACCGUUUCCUAGUGGCAGUGCGGCAGCAUCAACUUUCAUCAGUAGUUCCUACGAAACUAGUGCACGAUCUUCUACGGUUGGAGGUUCGCUUCCCCAAGCAGGUCAAGCUCCUGCUCAGCUAGCAGAAGCAGUGAAACUGCUCAGUGCGCAGGAUCCUCCUGCUGUAACGAGUCCUAGGCUUUCCUCGGCUAGUAGUUGUGUCGCAGUUCAGUCGUCAGCAAUGAGCACUAUCGCUGGUGGCUCCUCGGCUGUCGCAAGCAGCAGCUGCGUUGUUCACAGUUCACUAUAUCCUACUCCGAGUGCUGGUAGUACUGCAGUACAAGAACUUAGUGCAGGUGGUGGUAAGAGAAAGACCUCGAACGACAACAAGGACAAGAUCUUCCAUGGUCGAGAUCCAGCUAGGUGGCAAGGUUUAGGCGAACAGAAUCUAGGCUCUCUCAUCUACACCAUUCACGAGGACAAUGCACCAGAAUUGCUUCCGGGUGAGAAGGUCUACGAACGCAAACUCAUCUACGCCGAGAUGCUGCGGCACUGGUUCGUCGUGUUUUGGGCCUUGCAGUUCGGGGAUGCCAUGUACAACGACAGUGAUCCCGACAGUGCAGCCACGGUUAGUCGCAAGUGCACUAUGCUAACGCUGGCCUACGCUGCAUUUCACGUGCUGGCUUUGCCACUUCUAGUGUUCUUUGGGAACACCAGGUGGGGCCGGGAGAGCGCAGCGCGAAGACGCUACAGAGGCUGACCUGCAAGUGGACAUUGAGUCCCUAGAAAUCUGAUCACAUAGGGCACGCCGCAUAGAAUAGUAAGAGUAACGCAUUACAUCAACAGCUCGUUUAGGAUUCUAGUUAUUUCGUUAGUCGCACUCGCAAGCAGAACCAAUUCAAAUUUAAAGUCAAGUUCAUGAAACAAAUAGUUAAGAUUCCUUCCUAGACCUAGAUGAUUCAGCAACAUCAAAAUCCGAUAAAGAGAUGAGGGGGCUCGUACUAGAGCCUUCAUCACCUAUAUCAUAAGGCAAUAAUCCAGAAGCAGAAGUCAUCCACCAGAAGUCAACGUACUACGUAUAGAGAUGAUUGAAUGUCAUAGGGAGAAUAGUUAUCUUAUUCUGAGAACACCAAGAACACCCUACUUAUUCUGUGCACGACCAUGUACUUUUGCUAGAUUCAACAAUUUACUACAGGAAGACGCAGCAUGUACUUGAUGUAAGUAGAUUCAUCAACAACACAGGAAGAACAAUAGCUUUUGAGCAUUGAGAUGGAUUCGACCCAAGACCCGCCAUACGUAUGCAGACUCAAUGAUGGGGCGAGGCGAGGAGAAAUUAAGAACGUGGGAGACUCGAGUUUAUAAAGUCUUCGUGAUUACAAGUAGUUGCAUACUACAUAGUGUGUGGUUACUAUCGUCUCAUGCUGGGUCAUUCUCAUUCUUCUAGCAAAAACCAAGAUACGCAUAACUUAACAUGUUCAAGCUGAUUGCGCCUUUAUAUUAAUGACUCGUGAAAUUUAUUUUCAAAAUUCCCACAACAUUUGUCCAGGAUGUAGAUGUUGUAAUCGACUUCGACAUCGACGGCACUACACAUUAUAGAACAUAUGUAAACAUGCACACACACAAGCACAACAACAACAGUACUUCUCGUGAUACUCGAGACAACAUAGAUAUUUUGAUGUUCAAACAACACCUACAAAGUGAAGUCAUCUUAUGCAGUCUUCAAUUCAUGAGAAGUACUGGUUUUAAGUUCUAGUUUAUUUUGGAGGUGCACCACCACCACACACUCUUACGUCAGAACACUGCUUACGGAAGGCUUUAACAGGCCCUCCUGCAGUGUCUCUGAGAGAAAAAUGAACUGUAUUUCUGGUUGUAAGAAGGAACGUUAUUGUAUUGGGUUUUUUGUAUUUAGGAAGUGCAUAUACCGAUACCUACUAACACAUUCAUUGGAGGGAGCAAGGAUUGUAAAGUUGUGAGGCUCAACUUUCGUUGGUCAUUGAGGUUGGUCGCUGAGAUCGAAGAGGAGACACCUGGAGAGAACAGGGGAAAACCAAGGGAAAGGGGGAGAGCUUUGAAGGGGGUCUCUUCCGUUUAGCAUCAGUGGCCACUGACUGCUGGCCUUUAAUAUUAGACAUUUUCAGUUACAGUAGAUCAGAUGGUUGAGAAUUAUUACUCAAACUCAUCAUAAUUUCGGAAAUUAAUCUAGCUACUACAGCACCAUUAGAAUCAAUUAUAUACCUGUACUACAGGGAAUUAUAUCCAAUCCAUCGGCAAUUAAGUGUGAGAUGGCAAUCCAUAGCCAACCCUUCUAUGGGUCGCAUGUAUGAAUAGACAACUGCCCAUGGACGACAUAGUCCAUACACGAGAUGAAGAUACCGAGCAGAACUUGGCGCACCAUUGCUUUCUUUAACCUUAUGAGGGGGUAGUUACCGUUGAAUUUUUGUGGAUAGUCAAAGCAAGGAAUGAAAAGAUGCAAAGUAUAAACAACAUUUUCCGCCGCUAGGAUAAACUAGAUAUCCUCUACGAUCGUCGUUAAUCAAAAUGGGAAUGGGAAAAGGAAUAGCAAAUGGGACCACUUCAACUAUGGCGCAUGAUCAUGCAGUGGACCAGCAU